CUCUGAAAACUGACAUGCUAGCAUUUAUUGUUUUUUAUUGCCUCUCCCAGGUGGCUUCUGAAAGAGAAAACCAAGUGACACAUGUUUAAGAAGGGUUUAAAAGUUUGAUGUGCUUGGAUUAGGCAUUAUUUAUCUAGUGAGAAGCAGAAGAUUGGUGCUUCUGCGGGCUUCUGCGGGCUUCUGCGGACUUCUGUGACCAUCUGAGCAGCAAAUCCAGCAAUGAAUAAUUCAACGGGCUGUCCGGCCAGUGCAACUGUGUGCAAUGGCACGUCCUGUGUGGUAACUAAGAAAAACUUCAAUGACAUUCUCAGUGUGGUACUGAGUACUGUCUUGACCGUCCUUUUGGCUAUGGUGAUGUUCUCCAUGGGAUGUAACGUGGAAAUCAAGAAAUUCCUAGGACACAUAAAGCGGCCGUGGGGCAUCUGUGUCGGCUUCCUCUGUCAGUUUGGAAUCAUGCCCCUCACAGGAUUCAUCCUAUCAGUGGCCUUCGACAUCCUCCCUCUCCAAGCCGUGGUGGUACUCAUCAUGGGAUGCUGUCCCGGAGGAACCGCCUCCAAUAUCUUGGCCUAUUGGGUUGAUGGCGACAUGGACUUGAGCAUCAGCAUGACCACAUGCUCCACGCUGCUUGCCCUGGGAAUGAUGCCGCUGUGCCUCUUUAUCUAUACCAAAAUGUGGGUCAACUCUGGGACGAUCGUCAUUCCCUUUAAUAACAUAGGUACAUCUUUGGUCGCUCUUGUUGUUCCUGUUUCCAUUGGAAUAUUUGUUAAUCACAAAUGGCCCCAUAAAGCCAAGAUCAUACUUAAGAUCGGGUCCAUCACAGGCGCAAUCCUUAUUGUGCUCAUAGCUGUCGUUGGAGGAAUCCUAUACCAGAGUGCCUGGAUCAUCGCUCCCAAACUGUGGAUCAUAGGAAUGCUAUUUCCUUUGGCCGGAUACUCUCUAGGGUUUUUACUGGCUAGAGUAUCUGGUCAACCCUGGCACAGGUGCCGGACAGUUGCUUUGGAAACAGGGAUGCAGAACACUCAGCUGUGCUCCACCAUCGUGCAGCUCUCCUUCACCCAGGAGGAACUCAACCUCGUGUUUACCUUCCCACUCAUCUACAGCAUCUUCCAGCUUGCCUUCGCAGCAAUAUUCCUAGGAACGUAUGUGGCAUACAAGAAAUAUCAUGGAAAAAAUAAUGUAGAAUUUUCAGAGAGCAAAGAAAACGAAAUGGUCUCCGGGUCAUCGCUCCAUAAGGUGAAUGAAGGAUUUCAACCAGAUGGAAGGUAGACAUCGCCUGGACAAAAGAGAAAAACUCAAAAGUACAUGCUUCUGUUAACAAGAUUUGUUGGUUUUGAUGGGAUAUUUGGCAGGAAAAAGUUAAAGUGAAAAUUUAAAUUCCCGUUGAAUCCAUACACUGGUUUUGGUACCGAGUGACUGGUGGUUCAAAUCCUUAAUGUGACAAAUAUUUGUAUAUAUACACACACACACACACACACACACACAUACAUAUAUAUAUACUGUCUUUGAAAUAUGCCCAAGAAAUAUCCUUGGACCUCCGACUAAAACUGACAUUGGUAACACUGUGAACGUCCUAACUCCUGAACAGAUUCUUAACCAGAAUCUCAUAACCUGACUUUUUGUAUCUUAAUAUAGAUGCAAUGAAUUGUUGUUAUUAUUAUAAAAUGAUCAAGAUUUUCUUCAGUAUUUACGAUUGUAAAAAGAUUGAAAUGAACAUCUUCCACUGACAUAUUAAUUACUACUUUGAAAAUGUUGUAACCUAUUUAUUUAUAUAACUUUGUUGUAUAACAUGGACAAAUGCCUGACUUCCUGUAUUAAAAAAAAAAGCCAGUCUUCUCCAGGGACUGCCCAAAAGCAAAAAUAAGAGAAAAGAGUUACUAAAUAGAAUUCAAUCACCAAAUUAGAAUCUGGCCCAUACUCAUCAGUGACCUUAUACAUUGGUUGCUCUGUCUCAGGAGUCCAGUGACACCACUAGAUUUUUUUAGGAAAAGCAGAAUUCUUUCCCAUGUCUUAAAUUUGGCAAAGAGCUCUUCAAGCCCUAGAAAGGGGCUUCUUCAAGGUUUGCCUGUAGGAGGCAGGUCUAUUCAGCUCACGGGAAGACCCCACAUUAAGAAUCAUGGAGCGGGGAGGGGCCAGGAGGCUCAAAGACUGCAGAGAUCCUGCAAAAAUAAGCCCUACUCUAGUGAGUGAGUUCAUUCAGUUCCAUGGGAGAUGAUGGGAAAUGCAAGGAAAAACACUGAUAAUAAAGGCCCACUUGAAAUGCAUGAUAAGGGUGAGUUAGAUGUUACCAAAAAAAAAAGAAUGAAACCAGGGAGCCACGAGGGAAGUGGGUAUUAAACAGUAUUUGAAGAAGAGGACAUGCCCAGGGCCCAGAAGUCGGGUGGGCCCUGCCCAGCGGGUUGUCUGCGCGCUGUGAGUAGGUGUCACCAGAGGAAGCAGGGGGAUUUGAUCAACGGCAGCAGGGUUCCGUGUCAAGGGGGAAACAACUGACCGCGUGUUGGAUCUAAUUGAAUUUCUUUUCCUUCAUUCUGCAGCAAAAGCGGGCACAUUCUUAACUCAGAUCACAGUGGUUUAGUUCUGUUUUCCAUUUGGACAUUUUCCCUGCCUCAUAGAUUUCCUUUCGAGUGUUUGGGUUCCAAAGGGCCUUUUGCGUUUGGGUGAGGUGAGUUCAGAUCCUGCUGGUGUUCCUCAGCAUUCAAAGAACACGAAGAUCACCUCUGAGCUUUCAAUGGAGGGUGAGGGAAUAUGCUUUUAAAAUUGUAACACUUAUGCCUUUUUAUAGGAGGGUCACAUUUACAAUUGAAUAAAGCUCCUAUAUUUUUUUUUCAUCAUUAGACAAAUAUAUUAAAAGGGACUAAAGAUUUUUAUUAAAGGCCAGCAGGGGAGACAUGGUACAGAUUUUCCAUUAGGCAGUUUCAAAGAAUACACUUCCGAGGGUGCAUAAGAAAGACACUGGUCUGUCUGUUAAGUACCUCCUGUGCUUUCCUCAUCAAACAGAAAACAGGCAGGUGUACUGAAGCCACACAGUGAAUUCAGAUGAUCAUUUCAACAUACCCAGAGUCGAGGGUUUGGAUGCCAGCAGCUGAAGCAAGCAGGCUUUUCCUCCCUAUAGGAUCCAGAUAUGUGAGGCAAAACUUGGCUUUCUUUCAUGGAAUGGUAUCUUGUGAGUUGUGGUUUUUUUCCUGAUAUGCUCAAGGGAAGAAAAAUAGCUGAGCUUUGUAAAAUGACAGCUCUGUAUUUUUAAAUGAGUUUGAAAAGCCGGCUAAAUUAUGUAUUUUAUUGCCUCUGCGAGUAUCAUAUUAAAUGAAUAUUUUAUUUUAAAGGCUUAAAUAAAUGAAAAUAAUUUUUGUAA